AUGUCAUUUCCUCCCUUCCGGAUUUGCAACUUCUACCAAGUUUCCUCCAUGCUAGGUCAUGGUGGCUUCGGCGCUGUACAUCGCGGCUUGAACCUCCUCACUGGCGAAUGGGUUGCUAUCAAAGUCGAGAUGCCUCCCGAGAAAGAGGAACAGCCAGCGAUGCUUCCGUACGAAGCCGCUAUCUACAAGCUGCUACGCGGGAAGCAAGGAAUCCCAUGUAUCCGGUGGAGCGGGAUGUACGGAGGAGCACACGUCCUAGCUAUGGAUAUGCUGGGUUCCAACCUGGAUCAGCUUCGACGAGUGUGCCGUGGUCAGUUCACUCUGCGGACCGUCCUGAUACUUGCGGAACAAAUGGUAGGACGUCAUCAUCCUGGUAAGAUAUAUAUCUUGGACAGAGUUGAGUUUGCGCAUUCAAGGGGCAUCGUUCUACGUGAUGUGAAACCAGACAACUUCGCCAUGGGGCAUGGACACCUUGCCAACAUCGUCCAUUUGUACGACUUUGGGCUCUCAAAGCUGUAUCGUGAUCCGGAGACCGGUGCGCAUAUGGCGUACAGAGAAGACCGCCAGAGACUAGGGACGAUACGGUACGCGAGCCUGAACAUGCACUUGGGCCGAGAACUAAGCCGGCGCGACGAUAUGGAAUCACUUGGUUACUCUCUCAUCUACCUGCUCAAUGGACGUCUGCCAUGGCAAGGGAUCUACGCUCCAGACGUCGAGUGGAAGAUUCGUCGCAUUCGUGAGAUGAAAGCCGGGAAAGCUCUUGAGGACCUCCUGGCAUCUGCUCCGCCGGAGUUUGGGAAAUACUUCGAGCACUGUCGUGGGCUGAGGUUUGAGCAGAAGCCUGACUACGCAUUUCUGAGGACGCUCUUCAGGAAGAGGAUGCAGAGUGAAGGCUGGCAGUACGAUAUGAUGAUCCCAGGCAUCGCCGCUGAGGGUACGCAUUUCAGCGCAGUCAUAUGGCUGUAUGGUAUAUUCAUGCAUAUCUUACCCUAA